UACAAGUUACUCAUUAACUGAUUAAGAUAAACUGAGAUUUCAUUUGAAAAAUCUGGUCUUUCCAAAAUGGAGGAGAGAACGUUGCUCACACUGAUGAUCUUUUCCUCACUCAUAGUAGUAGCAGAAACUAUUGCAAAAAAGCACGCUAUUGAAAUCUACAGCCUCCAUGUGGACUGCAAGGUCACAUCACGAUUUGCUCACACCAUCAUCACCAGCAAAAUUGUCAACCGAGCUAACGAGUCUAGAGAGGCAACCUUUGAAGUGGAGCUGCCCAAGACAGCCUUCAUCACCAACUUCUCCAUGUCCAUUGAUGGUAAAGUAUACCUGGGAAUAAUAAAGGAGAAGGCUUCAGCUCAGAAGGAAUAUGACACUGCGGUCUCACGCGGGCAAAGUGCUGGCCUCGUCAAAAUCACAGGCAGGAAACUGGAGCAGUUUCACGUUUCCGUCAGUGUUGCAGCUGCCAGCAAAGUCACUUUUGAGCUGAUGUAUGAGGAGCUGCUGAAAAGGCAGCUGGGGAAGUUUGAGCUGCUGAUCAAGGUCCGGCCGAGGCAGCUUGUGAAGCGCUUCCAGAUUGAUGUGCACAUCUUUGAGCCUCAAGGCAUAAACUUCUUGGAGGCAAACAGCACCUUCAUGACAAAUGAGUUAACUGAGGCGCUCACGAAAGUGCAGAGUGAAACCAAGGCUCAUAUUUUAUUUAAGCCAACUAUAGAUCAACAGAAGAUAAAUCCUGAACUCGAUGAAACCCUCCUGGAUGGUGAUUUUGUUGUGCGCUAUGAUGUAAAGAGAGGUGCCACUGCGGGUGAUAUACAGAUCACCAAUGGGUAUUUCGUGCAUUACUUUGCACCCCACGAAAUGCCAGUGUUUCCCAAAAACGUCAUCUUUGUUAUAGAUCGAAGUGGCUCCAUGGGAGGCAGGAAAAUUGAACAGACAAGGGAUGCCCUGCUGAAAGUUCUGCAAGAUCUUCGUCCAGAAGAUCAUUUUGGCUUUAUCACAUUUAACAACAAAGUGGUGGAGUGGAAGAGCUCUUUGCUGCAAGCCACUGCAGAGAACGUGGCGAGUGCUGCAGGAUUUGUGCAGACCAUUUCUGCUAGUGGAGGCACAGAUAUCAAUCGUGCUCUGCUGACUGCCGUGAGCUUGCUGGACAAAGCCGAGGGGCUGCCAGAACGGAGCGUCUCCAUGAUUAUCUUGCUGACAGACGGCCAGCCCACUUCUGGUGAGACAAAUGUGGGAGUAAUUCAAGAAAACAUUAAAAAAGCAAUCGAUGGGAAAUAUGCUCUUUUCUGCCUUGGCUUUGGGUUUGAUGUCGGCUACAAGUUUCUAGAGAAAAUGGCCCUAAGCAAUGGAGGAAUAGCACGGCGUAUAUACGAAACCGCUGAUGCAGCCUUGCAGCUCCAGGGCUUUUAUGAAGAGGUGGCUACCCCAAUAUUAAUGCAAAUUGAAAUGCAGUAUCCAGAAAAUGCCGUUGAGGGAUUAACUAAGAACAAUUUCAAGCUGUUUUUUGAAGGAUCUGAAAUUAUAGUAUCUGGAAAAAUUAAGAACGAUCUUGAUGUCUUGCCAGUAGAAAUUAAAGCACAGUCGCAUGCUAGUGACUUGACUCUUAAAGAAGAAGCAUAUGUCAAGGAGAAGGAGCAAGUAUUUAAAAAUCAAAGUUAUAUCUUUGGAAAUUUCAUAGAGAGACUAUGGGCUUAUUUAACCAUUCAACAGCUUCUGGAAAAAUCUAUUUCAGCACAAGAAGAGGACCAGAAAGCCCUGGAGGCACAAGCCCUAGAGCUGUCUCUGCAGCACAACUUCGUUACGCCCCUCACUUCCAUGGUGGUCACCAAACCCACUGGUGAGCAGCAGACGGAGCUGGCGAACAAACCCACCGAAGCUGAUAAUGAGAAACCCAGAAUUAUUCCAGGAACAGCAUCUCUCAAAAAAUUCAGAUCAAGAUAUUUUGCAAUGACGCCUGAAGAUGAUUUAGCUUUUAGGCUAAUAGACUUAAAGAGAGACAGAAUGAGAGCACAACCUCUUGCUAUUGAAUAUCCACAGCUUCUCCUGCAAUUACCCAAACAAAAUGAAAUAAUCUGUUUAAAUAUUGACGGAAAAGCACAGUCCUCUGUCCACCUACUGACCGAUCCGGAGCAAGGACUCGUUGUGGUGGGGAAACUUGGAGACCGAAUAAAUCGCUUUGUGCAGUUUGAGAUGAAUUACAUGAAUCCCCCCGCACGAAUCCACGUCUCCACGGAUGAAAUCCUCCUAACCCACGCUAACAAGAGCACUCGGCUGCCAUGGACAGAGUCAGCCACCUCCACCAUUCAGGGGCUGAGAGUCUCAGUUGAAAAGGAAAGGAGCAUUACAGCAUCGUUGUCUGAUACAGUCACAGUAAAAGUUUCCUUUGUAAAGUACCAUGAUGACUUCCUUGGGCUGUAUUUCUUGAAUAUCGACCGGUUUUCUGACAAAGUCAGCGGAGUUCUGGGUCAAUUUUAUUCAAAAGCACAAUUUGAGGAUAAUCCCAACAUCAAUCCAAGAGCUGGCGAAAGACUCCUGACUAUGUCUGGAUCUGAGCACAAAGUUACCAGGCAAUACAGGAAAGAUUACAGGCUUGAGUCCACCAGUCAUCCUGUUUCCUGCUGGGCAAUAGAUGUAACUCCCUAGAAAAGAGUAUUCUGGGAAAGAAAACUAUGCAAAUGAUGUUCUUACAAAUAUUUUUUAUAAUUUCUCCAUCAGGAAACCCACACAGUUAAGCUCUUACUUGUUACUAGAGACAAAUGUCGCAAAUAUUUUACCUCAAAAUAAUUAUGCUUUCAAGAUGAGAACAUACUUGCUUGUUGUUUAUUAAUUUAAAAAGGUUUAUAAUAUUCAGUCUGGUUCUGGUGUUGAAGAUUUAUAUGAAUGAACUAAAUAAAACUGCCAUUGUCAGCUCACAGUUUGGUAUGGACACAGAGACUCAGGUUUCCAAAAAUAAGGAGCGGCAUCACCCAAUCCCACAAACGUCACAAAAGCAGUAACAGAUAGUUCUAAGAUAUGCACUCUCUACCCAGUUACAAAUGGUGAGUUACGUGUUUGGUGAGCACAGUACAAAGUUCAAAGCAGUACUAGUUCACCAUUUCCCUCACGUUUCGUUUCAUGGACAAAAAGCACCCUUGCUCUAUUAGGGUUCAUAGAAUGGUUUGGGUUGGAAGGGAGCUUAAAGGUCAUUCAGUUCCAAACCCUCUGCCAUGGGCAGAGACACCAUCUCUUCUUUGGAGAUGAAAUUAGCCCACGCAGAGCCCACACUGGCUGCCGUCCCAUCCAGUGCUGCAAAGUUUCUGAGGCUCUGCUUUAAAAACCUCUGCAACACAGACACUGAAUUGUUGCGAAACAGCCCUCCGGCAGCGUUUCAACCCUGAAAUUCAGCAGCUUUUUUAUUGGCACCAUUCCCUAUAACGUUUUGCAAACAGUGGAAGAUGUUUUACAAAUAAUGAACAGCUCCAAAGAACACGCAGGGAGGUAAGGAUGGUACAGGGGGAAGCCUCUGCCUCUGGAAUGCAAUUUUAGUUGCAGUCUUCAGGGUUUUUCAGAAAUUUUAAUUCUGAAAUUAUUUUGUGUGUUAGAAUUUCAGUUCCUGUGCAUCUUUGAACCCAUCAAUAUGCCAGCACUUGUAGCAGGUUUAACAAAGUUGCUUUAUAUCCUGCCAACAGCACAUAACUGGGAAAACCUUAUUAUAUUAAAGCAGUGUUCUAAAGGAGAAGCAAUUUCUUUCCAAAGUCAGUAAGAGAAAGCAAACUAUAUAAUUAGAAGUCUGUUUCUUAAAAGAACUGUGUAGACAUGGUGCCAUGAGAUAUUUGUGUGACUUGCUUGUACUUGCAAGAUGCAGGUUUGGGGAUGCAGAUCUGGCUGGACAAAUGACAUGACAGACAGUGUGGAAUCUGGAACCUGCAAACACCAGAUUGCUUGCUUUGCAACACCAUAAACACGAUUACCGAUGUGAAAAGCAGGGGAUUCCUUCCAGUAUAAAUGAACCUGGUACUUGAAUUACGUGCGGUCGAUGCUGGGUUUUAUCAGAGGACUUGCGGCUUUCAGUUGCUGCCUCCUGCAGCUGCCUGCUCACUGCAGGGGCAGCAAAGAGCACCAAAAUAGGGAGCAGCAAGACAUGGCUGGGGGGCUUAUUUCACUUGGUCUCCUCUGCUUCAAGCGAGGCUCAAGUGUGUGUGGACCAUCCUUGGCUCCCCAAGGACCCCAGGCAGCCUGUUGCUCUUUUAACACAAUUCUCCCUUGCUGCAAAGAAGCAGAUCUUGCUAACCAUGACAGACAGGGAAAAAAAAAAAUCAGACAUCAGCCUUCGUCACAGCGACUUCUUACGCAGUUGGGUUUUUCCACACUUCCUACAAUGUCUCUGCAAAGCUUUUCCUCCUCUUUGGAUUGCAUCCAUUUGUCCACGCGGCAUUGAGGUGCUGUGCCCAGAGCUGCACAGGGGCUGCUCUUGCAGUCCCUCCCGGCUGAUGGAGCCUCUACUGCCUCAAAAGAGCUGCGCCCGCAGGGAUGUCUGCCUGUUCUGUGCCUGCUCCAUGCCACUGAUGUGCUGGGCUACCACAACUCCCAAAUCCAUUGCGCAGCACUGCUUCCCCUCUGCACAGGUGCUUUCCAUUCCUUAAAGAGGCUCUGUUCCUCUCUUUUUCACUUGAAUUGUAUCUUAAUUUGUUGUUUAGUCAUUCUCCUCCUGUUCUUUCUAAGCCCUGAAGAGAGUUCUGGUGGGCUCCGACUUGCUUUGCUCCCUUCCCUUGCUCAAGAGUGAUUUUGAUGGAGCAAGUACAAGGACCAGCCCUGACGGGCAGUCCCACAGCUCCUAUCUCAGGAGCCAGAGUGGAUCAUUGCCUUAUUUGAUUUUAUUCCACCCAAUUAAUUAUUUUAGAAUAAAAAUUCACAACUGUGUAAACUUAAUCUUACUGGGUUUGAUUUUCUGGUCUUCUCUCACUUCUUCCUGUUUCUCUGCCUACCUUCUUCGUUUUCAGCAACUUAUUAGAUGAGUAACUUGUUACUUUUUGUAGAACCUACUGUUAUCUUUCAUCAUUUUUGUUUGAAUUUAGCAGGCAGAAUGUCCAGCCAGGGUGCCGCCCCUGCCUCCCCCAUCCUCUCCAAGAAUUGGGGUUUUUGUUGUUGUCCUACAAAACUUCUGCUUUUAGUACAUAAUUUUGUUCCUGGAGAAGAACCAUCUGUCUCAUAAAUUUAACAGCCGGUGUAAUUUUUCUCUAUUUCUUUCCUCUUUGAGUUUUCUGUUGCAUUUUUGUUCAGCAUUACCUUUGCUCUUUCAAUUUAACCCAUCUCGUCUUUUUCCACCUCUGUUUUUCCCACAACACUCCUAUUUCCCUGUGUGCGUGCAUUCCAGUUUCCCACACACAGACUUUCUCUUUUCACCAUGUAACAGCAGGGAAAUUUUCUACUUUGCCAUGUGAAACCCCAAUUGCCUUGUUGUGGCUGAUUUGAUUAAAAGAAAAUUCAAAGUAAAGAAGAAUUCUACUUAUUUUUCUGCUUAGAACUAACACCUUAUAAUGUCUUCCAGUAGAA